GGGAACCGGAAAGCAUCAUACUUCUUCGUAUCCAUCAUCCCACCUCUACCUCUACGGACGACCAUUUUGUGUCGUCUGCCAAUGAUUGGAAUAACUCUCUUGAAUAAUCAUAUACCAGUUCUCUGAAUGGUCUUCAAACCAUUCACUACCCUCGCUCGUCAGAGCAUCUCGAAGCACCUUGUCAACGGCUGCGCCCAGUCCGUUGUUGCUGCAACCCAAUCCUCAUAUGCAUCCUCCACCGUCCAGCUCUCCCGUCUAGGGCAGCAGAAUGCGCCAGCUCGACUGCACACUGCCUUUGGCGGUGCGAACUCUGGUCGGGCGGCGCCGGGGAAAGAUGGACAGGGUAGCGAUAGUUUGGGCGCUUACUAUGCCGCUCAGUCGCAGGCCGUGGACGAGAAGGAAGAAAAGGAGAAUAGGAAAUACCUAUUCUCGAGAAAGAUAUUAUGGUCCAAGGCACAACAUCAACAGCAGCAAAAGGCAUUGCUGGAGAAUCCACCGUCCUUGGAACUGGGCUCACCGAGAUCGCGGUCUUCUUCCAUAACACAGGUGGAGGCUCAGUUACCAUCAAAGGACAUUGUCAAGGGGGAGGAGGAGGAGGCCGUAUUUGUCGAGUCUGUCGCUGAAGACUCGGAGAUUUUGUCCCCCGAGGAGGUUGCUCCAGUGGAGGAUGCCAAGGCCGAGUUUGCACCCUCACCUACUCCGUCCGAGGAGACACUAGUUCCUGCUUCACCAGAGGUAUCUGGUGUUACCGCUCAAUACAACGAUCAGCUACGUGAUUUACGAACGGCUGGGAAAUAUGAAGAAAUCUUGGCCCUCUUUGAGCAUAUGAUUCAAGAAGGUGUACAACCUAGUACCACCACCUAUAACCACGUUCUCGUUGCCCUCAUACAAACCGGAGCCGGCGGCAUCCCUCGGGUCCUGAGUGUUUACCAGGACAUGCUCAGGAACAAAGUCCUACCUAGCACUGUCACAUAUUCCAUCCUAAUCGACUACCUUGCCGCAAGCGGUAAAUCCUCGUUGCAGUUUGCUCGGCGAAUUGAAGAUGACAUCCUGAGAUUCGGAUUUGUCGUCCCAUCCCGGAGGCGGGAAUUGGAUGAGAUCCGCUCGCAAAAGUCUUUAGACAUGGCUUUGGACAUAUUUUACGCUAGCACUGAAGUCCGGGUGGAGCGUACCUUUUCUGAACCCGUAUAUUCCAUUCUUAUUGAGGCAUGUGCUGAGAAUGGCCGUGAGGAAGAUAUGCUCAAGGUCUAUACACAUAUGGAAUUGCAUGACGUGUUGCCGAGCUUGGACACUACGCUUUCUCUUAUAAAGGGAUUUGGGAAGGCUGAAAAUAUUUGCUCUGCUGUCGAGACAUACAACAACUACUGUGCUCUGGAUACAUCAAAAAAGCCGGCAAAUGUCGAUGAGCGAUAUCUGGUCUACAAGGCAUUGAUUCUUGCUUACAUGGAGGCUGGUGAUCCUGCUGGUGCGCUGUCAUUCUUGGAGAAAAUUGUCGGUACUAGCAAGGACCCUCAUCGCUCUCAAUGGUUGGCGGAGGCCAUAAUCAAAGGUUUCCUGCAGCGGAGUGAUUUGGGGUCUGCCAAGGAGUGGAUUGCGGGCCGAAUGGCCGGGACAUCGGAAUACAUUGGACUGUCAAGGGUUCUUAUUGGAGUUGCGGAUUUGGGGGAUUAUGGGCUUGCGGAUCGGCUUUAUUCGGAAUUCAUGGAUUAUGUCCGUCUCCAUAGUAUUAACCAUUCCAGCACCUCAAUUGCUCAGAUGGCUUUUUUGAAUCUCUGCGUAAAGGAGAGGAAGAUUGGGCGUGCUAGAGCCGUUUGGAAUGAUCUUUCCGAGAGAGUUUUGUCUAGUGGACCAGAUGUGGAAGCCGCUGUUGUGUACUCCAUGAUGCUUUUUGAGAAUCGACUCACGAACGAGGCCUUGGUGGUGCUAAAACAAUUUAGUGAGUUCUUUAUGGAGAAGCCUCUUGGUGUUCCACUUGCUUUGAAGGCGGAAUAUCUACAGGAAGCCUUUGAGAGCUUGAUUGACAGGCUUGCCGCAAAGGAUCUUCUUACUCACGGGGUCGCACUUGACAUUUCUGGUUUUAGCAUGCGACAUUGUGGGCGUAUGGGAGCUCCGGCUUCGAGGAUUGUUCUAGGACUCUUUGGGGAACAGCGAAUACUCGGAUUGACAUUGCCGCAGUUGGACCUUCUUCUGCAGAUUCAGGCUGGCGUUUUUCAACAACCUGGGGAAUUGGUUUCGGGGGAUAUGGAGAAGUUUGAGCAGAUGCUAACUCUCGCAUUAAAUGCCGGGGUUCCUCUUAGCAAGGCCAUGAAGAUUUCUGUCGAUGGUGUUAUUGCAGCCCGUGGCAUCGAUGAGGGCCUUCUGGCGAAAUGGACUGCAUUCGUACAGUCUCAAAAGGUUUGGGAGAACAUGCCGAUGGCGCCGCUGACCGAGGAUGUGGUUGCAUCACCUACCCUGGUCCCCAGUGAAGGAGAGACUGCUGUUGCUGAGGAUAAUCAUGAUCCCUACUGGGCCAAAACCGACGUUAAGGUCUCACAGGCUAUUGAUAAUGCUCUUGAGGGUACGAAGGCCGCUAGGGCUAGGCUCAUGGAUGCCCGAAGAAUGUAUCAACAGACUCGUAAGGCGGGCAGAUUGGUUAGGAUGACGACUCUGGCGAGGAUGGUUGGUGCUGCUUCUCGUGCAGGCCAGCCGGAAUUCAUGGAGGAGAUCUACCGGAACGCGAGAAUGGACACUCCUCUACUGAUGGAAUUCCGUUCUGUUAGAUACGUUUGGUGUGUUCUCUUGGACGCUAUGGUCGCUGGGCAACUCUCCAUUGGAAACCGACAAAAAGCCGCCGUGUACCAUGAGGAAAUGCUAAAGAUGAGAGCUUCUCCAUCUGCAAAUACCUAUGGACUCUACAUUGUUUCGCUCAAAGGUUCAAACCAAACAUACGACGAGGCCUCUGAAGCCCUCAAGAUUUUUGAGCGGGCUAAGGCAGAGAACGUGCUUCCCAGCUCCUUCCUGUACAACGCGCUUAUCGGUAAACUUGCAAAAGCCCGCCGUGUCGACGACUGCCUCUUCUACUUCGCGGAGAUGCGCACUUUGGGCAUAAAACCCACUAGUGUAACGUACGGCACUAUGAUCAAUGCCUUGACCCGUGUCGGCGAUGAGCACUUCGCAGAAGAACUGUUCCAAGAAAUGGAGGCCAUGCCGAACUACAAACCCCGUCCGGCACCAUACAACUCCCUCAUGCAAUUCUUCGUCAACACCAAGCGCGAUAGGAGUAAAGUCAUGAGCUACUUCAACCGUAUGACCUCCCUGGGUAUCGAAGCUACCUCGCACACAUACAAGCUUCUGAUUGAAGCCUAUGCAACGCUUGAUCCACCGGACAUGCCCGCGGCAGAAGGCGUACUCGACUUGAUCCGCGCGAAGAACCAGCCCGUGGAAUCAUCUCACCAUGCCGCCCUUAUCCACGCAAAGGGGUGUGUCCUCCAAGACGUCGAGGCGGCUAUCUCGCACUUCAAAUCCCUCCUUCACCCAACCACCGCCACGCCCCAACCCCAACUCGACAAUACGAUCUACCAGGCUCUUUUCGAGUCACUCGUUGCCAACCACCGUGUCCAGGACACCACUCUGUGGCUAUCGGACAUGGGGCGCCGUGGCGUUCGCAUGACACCGUAUAUCGCCAACACCCUUAUCCAUGGAUGGGCGCUGGAGAAGGACAUUGGGAAGGCGGAAGAAGUUUACGAAUCCCUUAGUAAGGACGAAAAUGCUAGGCUUAAGCGCGAACCGAGCACCUACGAGGCUAUGACUAGGGCUUACUUGGCCGUCGAGGAUCGUGCUGGCGCGCUCAGGGUGGUGGACGAGAUGAGCGAGCGUGGGUAUCCGAGUGCUGUCAUGGUUAGAGUCGCGGACCUGGUGAGGGGGAGAGGGGAGUAGAUUUUCUUUUCUUUUCCCCCUUUACGAUGGUUUUCUUGUUCGUUAAUAUUCCCCCCCCCCUUUUUCUCUCGUUACUUGAGGGACCCCCCCAUUGCGAUUGAUAGAAUGGGGGGUCUUGUUCAUCUUGGUUUGGUGUUUUCUUUUGCCUUUCUUCUGCUUUACUCAUUCUUACAGCGUGGCUUCUCCUACUAGCGCCCAUACACGGGGGUCCGUCUGCACUGUUAUACCUUUUUCCGCCUGUACGAUAUCAAAAGCGCCUUUUUGUUUUUCCUUCUCAUUUUCGUGUAAAUACUACACUACCCUUCAUAUUUCACCAUAUUCGGCGGGGCGGGGUAAGGUAGGGUUGGGAUCAAAUCUGGCUGGGGGGUGGGCGUUUUUUGCUUUUUAUUUUAUUUUGGUUUUUGUCAUUUUUCUACCACCUACCAGCAUCAUAUACACUCCACUCUUCAAAAUUAUUUUCCCCUUUCAAUGCGGUGAGGGGGUUUUAAAUUAUCUAUGUUUUUCACAUUGGUUUUUCCUGUUGCAUGGACGGGUUGUACAGUACACUUAUUCACUGACGGAUGGGCACAAAAUCUCCCUUGCAUGAUGGACAGGUACGAUAGAUGGAGAAGUGUAAAUAAGUAGUUCUAGUAUGUAUAUUGAAUAAAACCUGCUCCCCCUGA